AUGGCCUUCACUCGCUCCACACUCGGUCAACUCGCCUCUUCUAGCACGGCGCAUGCGAUCAUCGGCGCCCUGGCGGCCAUGUUUCUCCCGAAACUCCCCUUCUUCUUCGUCCUCCAAUUUCUCGGCGUCUACGAAUUAGUGUCCCGCCUGUCAUCCGAGAUCCCAGCACUUCCAUCGAUCCGAGCAUACCUCGAUACCUUACCAUCGCCUUUCCGGAUAUUCAAGCCAGAAGAGUGCAUUCAUUGCAAGGACAGCUUCGAAGAUCCUGUUGUCCUCUCGUGCGGGCAUGUCUACUGCCGUGAGUGCAUCUACUCAUGGAUCGCGUUCGGGAAGAACUACUGUCCACUGUGCUCACGCGUGGUGUACUCGUACAGGCUUCGAGAUGAGCACAGGGUGCCCACACUUACGAAGAUUUAUGUAUGUGUGUCGGUCAGCAACCUUACUGCCUCGCUGAUGUUCCCCGUCCUCCUAGUGACUCACCAAUCAUGGAAGGGCUUCGGAUUCUGGGAUCUGGUCUAUUGCGGUGUAAUGCAAACGUUGAAUCUCCUGGUCACAAUGUACGAGCUGGCCAUAUUCUGGAAACUCUGGCACUCCCACGGCUCGGGUUGGUGGAGGCAUCCCUCUCUACUGACGGGACACGCAGCUCCAAUCCUGGUGGGUGUUCGCGGGUUUUCAGUGCUGCUUUUGAUCGGUCAGCUGCAGUACGAGCUUCUCCACUAG